AUGUCUGUCGACUCCACGCGCACCUCGUGGGAUACUCCGUCGGGGCCCAAAAAAAGUGGGAAAUGCUCAUACGACUGCCCCCAACCAUGGCGAGACAGUCGGAAACGACGACGGAGGCGACAAUCAAGCUCUAGUUGUAGCUCGAUCUGGUGUAUGGCACUCCUGUGCCUUGUACUCUUCAUCUCACCUGUAUCGGCGGCGCUACUCGACUUUGAAAACUGCCUUGAUCAAACCAUCCUCGACUCUCUCCCGCAAACCCUGCAAUGGGUGCCACUCGACGUCGCUGUACAUUUCAAUCUGACCGAUCCAUUACGACCGUUAAAUGUCACCGUAUAUGGAAAUGUAUCUGGUACUGCAGACUCAUCAACCUACCCCUCGAUAGACGAUCCAUCUUGGAAUAACACAAACUCGACGACGGGAAAGAUUGUUGAUUUGAGCAUCUCAAAUAACAGAUUCACUACACUUCUUACCUCGUGGGAUGUCUUGGGUUUCACUCCCUUUAGUAAUGCCUCAAGGUUCUGUCCAUCGGUCACUCAAGGGGACUGUCCGCUAGGGCCUGUCUUCUACUACAAUCUGACUGAUCUGACAACCCUGCGCGCCUUCUCCGUUCAACAUGAUAUGCUCUCAUCGUUUCGCUUCGCAACGAUUUCCUCGACCUUCAUUAUUCGAUCUGGUGAUGCCUCGGACGUUCAGCUGGGUUGUAUAACGGUCCCUAUAACCCCCGACUUCGGCCCAACCCUGAAAAACGCGUUGAUUUAUGUGCCUGUUGUUAUUUUGAUCUUGGUCGCAAUUGCAACGGUCACAGCCGCAAUAUUCACCCCCUGGGGCACGACGGAUCUCUUCCGCUGGACCAGCAAUUAUGGCAGGGACGAAGAUGUUCUUCGACUUGUCACUCCUGGGUUCGCCGAUUGUCUGCAGUAUCUUCAAUUUGUAGUAUUGACGGGUUCAUUGUCAUUGAAUUAUCCAGGCUUCUUCCAACCUGCAGUGAGUCAUGGAUCUUGGUCCGCUCUCAUGUUCAAUCAAAGCUUCGUCAAUGGAGGCAAUGGCAGCAACCCGAUCGUGGAUGGCGUCUAUGCGGUCAAUGGCACGUACGGCCUGGAUCGAAUGAACCAAAUUGUUGGUAUGGUCGGCACUCAAGAUAUUUGGCCCGGAAUGAUGGUGUGGCUUCUCGUCAUCCUCGUCAGUAUCACACUGUUUGUUCAGAUCGUGUUUUUGGUGCGUUGGGCUCGUCGCGAACUGGCAGAUAGCGCUGAGCAGGACCUGCGUUCCAAGAAUAUGCCCUUCACUGUUGGGAACGUUAUUCGAAUCGUGUUCAAUUUUUUCCUACUUCCUAUUAUCUCCCUCUCUUUCUUUCAGCUCGUGGAGGCAGGCAGCUCCCCUGCCUACAGCGUGGCACUGGCCGCCGUGGUGAUUGUCGUCCUCAUUUGUUUCUCGAUAUGGUUCGUUCGAAUCCUUGCGACCACCCGACCGAAGGCCCAUCUGUUUGACGAUCUUCCCACCGUGCUCUUGUACGGACCUCUCUACAAUACCUACUUUGACGAUGCGGCGGCAUAUGCAAUGGUUCCCAUCUUCCUCAAUUUUGCACGUGGUAUCGCCAUUGGUGCUUUGCAGCCCUCGGGCAUUGCGCAGGUGGUUUUACUGGCUAUCUGUGAAGUGGUGUCCGUGCUGACGCUCAUCGCAUUUCGGCCAUAUCCUGGACCAACCCACAUGAAUCUCUACCAAUGCAUUUUCUCCUUCUUCAGAUUCUUAACUAUCAUAUUGAGUGUGGUUUUCGUACCAUCUCUGACCGUUUCAUCUGCUACUCGAGGCUGGGUUGGGUAUGUUAUCCUCGUCUUGCAUGCACUGGUCUUCAUCUUUGGCUUUGCCCUGAACGCCCUUCAAACCCUCAUUGAGGUUCUAGCACGACUGCUUGGUGCUGGCGGCGCCACUCGUGGUGGUUUGAACAAGGUUUUCGGAGAGCGCCAGCUGUCGAGACGACAGGCUCGUAACAACGUCGCCCGACAGAGCAUGGGCUCGGAGGCGGCGAUGCUUAGUGACCGUAUAUCGUCCCAAUUUGAUGGCUCACGGGCUCGCAGUCUUUCAGGUAGUUCAGCGAUGUUAUUGAACCGUAGUGAUGGGCGAGCCAGUGCUUUCCUGGAUCAAUCUAGUUCAUUUGGGGGCUCUCACAGUCGUGCCGUAAGUGGUGGAGUGUACGCUCACUCUCCUACCGCAUAUACAGGAGCAGGCGGUUAUUCUAGCGCUUCACCCAGCAGCAGCACAUUUUUGGGUUCAAAUCCCCGUGAUCCCUACUACCGCCCACCAAGACCUGGACGCCAAGCUCCACAACGUGGCUCAACCAAACACAGCAAACGAAGUUCUCGAGCAUUUAUGAAGACAGCCCGACCAUUUGAUUCAGAUGAGAAUAUUGCUGAUAUGGCAGGCCCAUCUGGUCGAGGUACUCCCGUACCUGCCUACCUUCCAGCAUCUAGGGAUGACAUGGAGUUGGAUGAUUCCGGCCAGGGGAAGGACUAUGCAGUCCGAGAGGUCGACUUUUACUACCGCUUCCGUGGCCCGCCACUCUCUCACACCGGUACCCGUAAAUUGAAGACUGGACCAGCAGAUCCAACUGGUCCGGUCUCCUCUGCCACUGGAUGGUUCCGAGGCCUUUUCCAGAGCAAGACAGUUGACAAGGGCAAAGGAUUCGAGGUUGUUCGAAGUGCCAGAGCUCCUCCUCCUGGCCUUUUCCCAAGAGGUGGAUACAAUGAGCCAUACCAAGAUGAUCCCGAAAAUGGAGGCACUGGCACCCACUCGCGCAAUAUCUCUGCAGAAUCUGCAGAAUCAUCCGGAUCUCCAGGGACUCCAGCGUCUCCCGAUGUGCCAUAUCGAGACUCGGAAGGUGAUAUUGAAGCCAAAGUGUCUAGUAAACCUCGACCUCCAGUCUUACCUCCAUUGAAUACAGGAGGAAGCAGUAUCGAGUUACCAAGCCGAGACAGCCCUCGUCACACCCUGGCUGCGGGCUCGGAACAUGAUGUAGGAGAUAUCUCAGAGAAUUUACCCACCCUAACGGAGACAACUGUUCCUCAACCGCAACACGGCGUGGAAGCUCCCCCAUCAAAUGCAAGUCUCCUCCAACCAGAGCGUUCCUCGGCUGCGCGGUUACCGUUCAGCGCUAGCAGCUCUCUCUCUCGUGAUCGAGGCCUCUCUCUUACGUCCACCUCUGGAUCUAUGGGAUCCAGCAAUGGCCGUCAAAGGGAAACCGAACGACCAUCGAGCAUGGGAUAUGUCGCUCACCACCGCACAAAGGACAACAUUCACGAGGGAAGUCCCGAUGGGCCAUCUUUUGCUGGCAGCCAAGCCGAGCUAGUGAACGAACAAAUCCAAGGGGAACACCCUUAA